AUGCCUGAACCUCUUGCAUCCCAACAUAGCACCGCCAGCACAUCCUACAGCGAAUGGGAAGAUCUCAAUCUGAUCAGGGACGCCGACACAUCCUACGAGACGACACAGACAGCUACGACCCAGAGCAGCGAAACCUCAGCGCCUACCGCGUCCGGCAGCAACAAUGGUCCAAGCUCAUCAACGUCUAAACGCAAGGAGCGUGACAUCACGCCGCCACUCGAACAGCCGACCCCGAAACGGCCGCGCACGAGUUCUGACUCGCCUGUGAAGGCUGCCGCGGCGACGGAAGCAUCCGCGCGACCCCGCGGAGCCUGGGCUUCACCAACAGACAACAUCAAUAUCGGGAAAGACUUGACGCGCACAGCGCUGAUCAGUGUGCGACGCCUGGGGUUCGGCAUCCAGUACACGCUAGCGCAACUCUAUCUUUCCGAGGACAAGGUCACGACUGCGGACAUCUUGAAGAGGCUGCCUCUCCUGCUAGGGACACAUGAAGCCAUAGGACCGCACGUUCGCGAUCUUGUAAUCAACGGAGAGGCGGAUACACUUCGACUACGGGGACGAGAGAAGGAACUCUCCGCUAAAGCGCCCCACCGAGAACUUGACCGCGAACGUGAAGCAUUGAAGCGAGAUCCAUAUGGCUGCCUUGGUGGUGCUACUUCCGACUCUUCCGGCAUGCAGUGGUACGGCGGCCAAGUGAGCUUUUCUGCCAAACUCUGCUGGAACUUCGAGCACAAGUGCCUGGACUUUGAGCUUUGUGAUGCUGAGGUCGGCGCGAGCUCUCGGUUCACCCGGCGAUGGGGCUCGGACUCUAUGAUAAGGAUGCGUAUCCAUCGCGACGUCUAUGGGGACAGGACCAGAGACCGGUUGGACAAGGCGUACGCGUUUCUACGCGAGCCUCUGACCAUUUGGGGCCGCGUGUAUCGUUUCGUGUAUGCCAACAAGGAGCAUACUGCCUUCUACGUGGCCACGAACGAGACUAUACCUACCCCUCUCGAUCCCCGCGAUGCGAAGCGCUUCGUGUCUUUAUACGACUUUAUCAUGUGGCACAAUCCCAUUCGAAGCAACACCAAUCAGACACUCGCGAAAUACAACGCUCGCAUGGCUUUGGGGACCUCAAACUCCAUACCGGGUAUCCGCCUGCUGCCAAGUCAGAUCCGCUAUCUAGAUGAAGUCAUCUCGUCGGCUUAUACGGGAGGAAAGGUCCCGACCGAGAUGGAGAUGACGGAUGGUUGCGGUUUGAUCACCCUCGGAGGAGCAAAGGCGCUCUAUAACCUCGGAUUUUGGGACAAGAUGCCGACCGCCAUCCAGAUCCGGAUCCUGGGCGCAAAGGGUCUUCUGCUCCUAGAUCCCCAUCGUCGAGACAGUGAUGAGCCCAUAGUUCACCUGCGCCCAUCCCAAAUCAAGAUCAAGUUUCCCGUCGACUUCCCCUUAGAGGAUCCCGCCCAUCUCACCAUCGAUGUCUUGCGUGCCUCUCAUAUGAAGUGCGGUGUGAAGUUAUCUCGAGAGAUGCUCACCAAUCUCGCGGAGAACAAAGUGCCGCCAGACGUGAUCAUGAACAUCAUGACGAAUCAGCUCAAGGAGGCCAUCGACGAUCUCCUUGCGUGGCACAGUGUCCCAUGGACUGGCGAGCCAAGCGACGCAAUGGACAGGGCGAUGCGCUUGCUAUGGGUCGCGGUUGAGCGCUCCGGGCAUGUUCUAGCCGCCCGCGAUGCUCGUGAGAAUCCCGGGACCGCCCGCGUUCGGGGACUCCGCGCGUACGACCGUGAGGAAGAAGAAAGCGACGACGAAGAUGAUGAUGACGGUGAUCUCGGCGCUCGGCAGCAGCGCUCUACCGCUUGGUUUCCCGAUGAAGUCUCUGGCUGCCCGUCGUCGCUCGAAGAGACUGUCAUGACAUUCAUCGACGGAGGAUUCAACCCUCGCACCAACCCCAUCAUGGCGCAGAAGUUGCACGAAGUCGUGAAGAAGACCAUCAGGUCUUUUAGCAUCAAGUUUCGCCUGUCAGUUCCCAUGAGCUGCUCGGCGUUCUGUGUUCCUGAUCCCCUGGGCGUAUUAGAGGAAGGCGAGAUCCACGUCAAGUGCUCGAUGCCGUAUCUGCUACUGCCUGAUGGGCGGAGGACUGACAAGAUAUCAUGUGAUGUCCUGAUCAGCCGUAGUCCCUGCAAGCUACCUACAGAUAUCCAGAAGGUUAAGGCUGUGUACUGUGCCGAGCUGGACGAAUACUCCGACGUCAUCGUAUUCUCGAUCAAGGGAAAGCGCUCUCAAGCCAGUUUUCUCGGUGGUGGUGACUACGACGGCGACAAGGUCGAUGUGAUAUGGGACCCGUCCAUCGUACAACCCUUUUGCAACGCACCCAUUGAGCUCGCGGACGCUCCGGCCGACUUCGAGGAGAAGAACUUCCUGCGUGAGAAUGAGAAGGUCUCGGAGUUCCUAGAACGUGUUGGUCCCGAUCCCAAGGACAUUGUACGUGGAUUGCAGGAUGCUCAGAUGAAGUCGAUAUCCGAGGCGCCCAUCGGUAUCUACUCAAGUGCUCAUGACAACGCGGCGUUUGUCUUGGGUUAUGAUCAUCCGGAAACCCUACGCCUUGGUCGCAUGUUCUGUAACGUCCUUGACGGCACAAAGAGCGGCUUAACUGUUCGUCCGGAUGUGCUCCGCGACGACAUGAAGCGAUAUAGGACAUCGCAGUACCCAGCUUGGAAGAUACGCCUCAACAGCCUUCGAAACCCUCGCAAAACAUCCGACAACAAUCCCUACCUGAAACGGGACGUGGAAAAGCUUGGCGCUUUUAUUUUAACUCGCCUUGAUGAUAUCAUCCACAAAGAGUCAAAUCUUCAGUUGGCACGCGCGGAAGGGUGCUUCAAAGGUCUUGACAAAGUCACGAAACCCGACGCGGACCUCACCAAGGCUUACAACGAAGCGCUAGCGCGUGCGAACAAGCGGUUCAGCGAGAAGAAGGACUCGACCAUGCUCGAAGAACUCGAGAAGCUACAGGACAUCGUCAGGAAAGCAUUCGAAGCUCACGCUCAAGCCAAGGAGGCGGCACGGCCGCAGCAGAACGGCAAACGUGGCAAGGACCACUCCUUCACGAACCUCUCAAUUGAGAAACGACAAGACAUCCUACGCGCCAUAUCUGUUCAGCUCGAUAGCUACCCGGAUCCAAAGAACUGCGAUCUCGAGUGCUUUAGCUACGAGGAGGCCGUGCGCGUUCGCGCGAGCUACGCGUACCACUACGCAUACGUUCACAAACGGCCAUCGAAUCCUUCCCGAUUCCCCUUUGACGUCGCCAUGCGCGAGCUUUGCCUUGCGAAAGCGCGGUCCCGACCCGGCUGGCAUGCUGUCGCUAGUCAUAUCCACGAUGCAAUGCGCGUCCGCAAGGCGUGA